AUGUCGACUGCAAAACUUCAUCUAAAACCUCGUAAUGUUUCCCAAUUGUUGCGUGGUGGCCUUACAUUACUACUCGCGCCAGUCGCAGAAUCAUGUCCUCAUCAUGCUGCCCUGAGCACCAUGAGGGCAACCAGUUCCAAUGGGUAUCAGACUCGCUCAUAUGCUACCCCCAAAGGCGCAAGGAAACCUCUUCGUCCACCUCCCCGGGCACCAAAAUUUGUUAAUGCUCAGCCAAGCUCCAGCCUCCAGACUGACUUCGACCUCAAUCAAAUCUCAUCUAGGGACUUCGAACUGGCUAUGCGAGCGUCCGGGAAUCAAGUUGGUACUCUCAGACCAGAAGAAUAUUACGAGUAUGCAUCGAAGUUUUCAAAUGCCAUAAAAAAAGGAGCACAUCCUUCUCGUGUCAACCUCUGGGAGAACGAAAUCCCAGUAGAGGUUGCACACGAGAUGGCGUGCUUAUUGUGGUUGCUUAGGAGGACGAAAGCCCAUAGUUCAUUCUCGAUGGCAAUAUGGGCUUCAGCUUCAGCACUCAACUACAACCCUGCCAUCGUCUCUCUUGUGAGCCAGCUUCUCGCCGGUGGAUCAUGGCGGAAAACAACUGCGUUCGCGGAAGUCGAGAACCGCUUCAUGAAGCUCGUAGCUGAAGCGAAGAACUGCAAUGCCCUUACAGUCUAUGGCGAAUAUAUGUUCCAAGAUGGAAAGUAUGACCAAGCCGUGGUCCUGUUAAAGCAAGCCCUCAGCGUUGACGAUGGCGUCUUUGAAUGGAAGCGGAAGUGCCUGACAUGUCUCGCAAAGUCUUAUGUCAAGCUUGGGAAAGUGGGUGAGGCAAAGAAGACACUUGAGUUGCUGGAAGACUCAGAAUCAGACGCCGAGCUUGACCAGUUGCUUCGAGCAAGUGAUGCUGAGAUGGCACGUCAACAUAUGUACACAGAUGCAGUCAAGGGCAGGCAUGAUUUGUAUCGACAGCUUGCCGAGGUGGAAUUCGAGAGAGAAACAAAGGAGACAGAUGCCGAGCUGAAGAAGAAUUACCAUCUAUGGGGUUUGGAGUGGUCGAGACUGGCAGACCCCGGUGUAAAGUUUUAA